UAAAUGACCUCGGUAACAUUGGAAAACUCCGGUCGGAAUCCUGUACCUAUUUUUCGCCUAUCAGCAUUGAAUUUGAAUCGAAGAAACGCCCACGCACACGUUCAUCUUCCUUUUCUGUUUCUCAACCCAACAUCGUGUUCUUUACUUAUCUUCGAUCCACAGGUGCCUGAUCCUCUGCUUCGGGCACACACGUUCCCAGGUUAAAUGGCGAGGAUUAAACCUCAGGCUCUGCUACAGCAAAGCAAAAGGAAGAAGGGCCCUUCUCGCAUAAGUGCUACGACUGUUUUAUUUUAUCUUUUGAUUCUGACCUUGGUUGGGUUUUUCCUAUUUGCUUCCUACAGACAUUGGUCCAACAGGUCAAGAUUGCAAUCAGAAAGUCAUAUGUCCAUCUCCGAGGGUGACAAUAACUCUGUGGACUCCAAGAAAUCUGAACUGCCUGGCUAUGCUGUUUUAAAUACCUCUAAAGGUUCUAUAAUAAUAGAACUGCACAAGGAAACUGCUCCUGAAGUUGUUGAUGAAUUCAUUGACUUAUGUCAAAAAGGGCACUUCAAGGGGAUGCUUUUUCACCUAGUAAUUAAGCACUAUGUGAUUCAGGCAGGGGAUAACCAUGGAGCUGGAGCUACUGAAGAUUGGAACUUGAGAGGAAAGCAACAUGCUAUUUCUAGUAUGAAACAUGAAGCAUUCAUGCUGGGGACUUCCAAGGGAAAACACAACCACAAAGGAUUUGAUCUUUUCAUUACAACUGCACCUAUACCAGAUUUAAACGAGAAACUUAUUGUUUUUGGGCAAGUCAUCAAGGGAGAGGACGUUGUGCAGGAAAUUGAAGAAGUGGAUACAGAUGAACAUUACAAACCUAAAAUAUCAAUUGGGAUUCUUGAUGUUACUCUUAAACAGAAGGUCUGAAGGUUCUCUCUGCUAGAUAACGAGCUGUGAUACUUUUUACCUGUUUUGGGACACUGGUCAAAUAUUUUGUACAGGGAUGAACCUUGAGGAAUUCGCCUUGGUUCAUCUACCAAGUGUCUGAGCCUUCAUGUUGUUUUUCUUAUUGGAUUUUUAGUUAACACAGAUUAUGCAAUUACUUUGUCUUGCCUCAUGUCAUUUUUUUUUUUAAAUUGGGAGAAUGAGUGGGUUAGAUUUGUAGGCAGAGUUUUGAAUUUUGCUUGUGAAAGCAUCACAUUUUUAUUUGGCAUUACUUUUCACCUGUAACCUUAUUGAGAUCAGAAGAUUACUUCCCUAUGUACUUCCUGACUUGAUCUGUCUUCUUGUAUGUUUUCAUUGAUGGUCAAUUUGGUGGUG